GAUAGAGAAAGAGAGAGCAUUCGGUAAUUCGCAUUUCUGGGGGUAUUAAUAAUUAUUAUUUAUAUAUAUAUAUAUGAUAAUAUUAUUUUUCCAAAUUAUUAUUUUUUGCCCAACUUUAAACUGGUCAGCUUGUUGGAGUCCCAUUUUCUGAGAUUUCUGUAUCCCUGAACAGACAUUUUCUGGGUCGAACUGAAGCUUGUGAUUUCCUAUCUGCUGAAAAAAAAAUAAAUAAAUAAAAAUACCCAAGCCUUUUUGUUUUUGUGUUUUUUUUUUUUUCCUUCGGUUGUGAAAGUUUGUUUGGUUUUUGGACAAGUUGAUCAAAUUUGAGCAAGGAUUCGUUAGUAGUGAUCUGCUUAUAUGUGAUCUAGCUCUUCUUUCAACUGUUUUUUUUUUUUUUUUCCUUACUUAUUUUUAUUUUUAAAGCUGAUUUUUUUGGGUUUUGAAGGGGAGAAAAAAAAAAAAAGGCUUUGAAUUUUGUGGGUGAAAUGAUGGUUUUUUAUGUGGUUUGUGUGAAGAAAGUUUGACUGGUUUGUGGAAGUGGAGGGGGAUAUUUGGGGUUUGUUGGGGGAGGUUUUUGAUGGUAUCUGGGUUUGAUUCUUUAGGGCUUGUUUGAUAUGGGAUUAGGUGCUGAGAAUGGUAAAGUGGAGUCUUGGGAUGUGUGUAAAUCAAAGGGAAGGAAGAAGAAGAAGAAAGAUGAAGUUUCAGUGGAAGAAGAGGAAACUGGGUGUUGGAUUAGGCUGAGGUUUAUUGGCAGCUGCAUUUCUUCAAGAUCCAAAGUUGAUAGCUCAAUCAGUGGGACCAGCACUCACUAUGAAACUAAAUCCACAAAUGAUACGAGCAGAGAUCAACCAACAGCUGCAAUAGUCUCAUCCACAACCACCAGUAAUGCGGAGAGUAACUCAUCAAUGUCCAAACUUGAAGAGGAACUUAAAGUUGCUUCAAGGCUUCGAAAAUUCACGUUUAAUGAUCUUAAGUUGGCCACAAGAAAUUUUAGACCGGAAAGUCUUCUUGGUGAGGGUGGUUUUGGUUGUGUGUUCAAGGGGUGGAUUGAAGAAAAUGGAACUGCUCCAGUAAAACCAGGCACAGGGCUUACUGUUGCGGUUAAAACUCUCAACCAUGAUGGGCUUCAGGGUCAUAAGGAAUGGCUGGCUGAAGUGAAUUUUCUUGGUGACCUUGUUCAUUCCAACUUAGUUAAACUUAUAGGAUACUGCAUUGAAGAUGAUCAAAGGCUGCUAGUAUAUGAGUUCAUGCCUCGAGGGAGCUUGGAGAACCACCUAUUCAGGAGGUCAUUGCCUCUUCCAUGGUCUAUUAGGAUGAAAAUUGCAUUGGGCGCCGCAAAGGGUCUUGCUUUUCUUCAUGAGGAAGCAGAAAGGCCCGUGAUAUAUCGUGAUUUUAAAACCUCCAACAUCUUAUUGGAUGCGGAUUACAACGCAAAACUUUCUGAUUUUGGACUUGCCAAAGAUGGUCCUGAGGGUGAUAAAACCCAUGUGUCUACCCGUGUGAUGGGAACUUAUGGUUAUGCAGCCCCAGAAUAUGUCAUGACUGGACAUCUUACAUCUAGGAGUGAUGUCUAUAGUUUCGGUGUGGUUUUACUUGAAAUGUUAACUGGUCGAAGAUCAAUGGAUAAAAACCGACCUAACGGUGAGCAUAACCUUGUAGAAUGGGCUCGACCACAUCUAGGGGAGAGAAGAAGAUUCUAUCGGUUGAUAGACCCUCGGCUUGAAGGCCACUUUUCAAUAAAAGGAGCCCAAAAGGCCGCACAGCUAGCUGCACAUUGCCUCAGUCGGGAUCCAAAAGCCAGGCCCUUAAUGAGUGAAGUUGUUGAAGCCUUGAAGCCAUUGCCAAACCUUAAGGACAUGGCAAGCUCAUCGUAUUAUUUCCAAACCAUGAACGCAGACCGUGUAGGAUCCAGCCCGAAUGCUAGAAAUGGUGUCAGAACACAAGCAGGAUUGCUGACGAGGAAUGGGCAGCAACAAAGGAGCCUUUCAAUACCAAAUGGUUCCCAUGCUUCUCCAUAUCACCAUCAAUAUCACCAUCAAUCUCCAAAACCUAAGGGCAAACAGUAGGGUUGGCAGCUGUCUUGUUUCUUUUCUCCACCCCAUCUCAGCAUUCAUUUCUUUUACCCUUUUUCGUUCCUAUCUUUUUUUUUUUUUUUUUUUUUUUCUCUCUUCCUCCGUAUAGAUGUAUCUCUUGUUAAAGCAUUUCUUCUUGGACAACUGAAAAAAGCAACAGAGAAACAUGUUUGCUUGAUGUUGUGCUUAGAGAGUGGUGACAAAUCCCAGUAGGGGAUAAAAAAAAAAAAAAUGUAAGGGUAGGAAGGAGAAAGCUUGUUGAGCAAAAAUGUGCCUUAACCAUCACAUUGUUUGAAAGUAUUAAAGAUUAUUACCUCCCCUUACUUUUUUUUA